GAUGGGCGCACCUCGCCGGGCAGUAGCUUAGUCUCUACCUACAAGACAACACAUACACUAAAUGUUUCCUAUAGUAACAAUUAACCAAUUGUACAUUAAUCUUAUUUAAGGGAAACACACGAGAGAGACACACAUACGCAUUACACGUUAACACGCAAGUUCUAUUUUUGUAAUAAACGCGCCGUAAAAUUAAAGUAGUGUGCCCCCGCGAGACAACGCGGUGUGUAAUUUGUACGACGACCGUUGAGAGGAGAGCCGCUCGUUCUACGCGGAAGGUAGAGAGAAGCACGCGGGACGAAGAGGGAAGAGCCAAAGCGGGAACGGGAAAUACGAGAGGAUUGUCGCGGCGACGGCAACCGGAAGCAGCGGCGGAGGAGGAAAUCGGAGAAACGACCAACGGAUAUCUGGAGGAUCGGCCGUUGCGUGCGCGCGCUUCGCCAGGCAGCCGCGACGGCGAGUAGCGGUAGUCGCUAGACGCAACGGCUGCGACGGCGACGGCCGAGGCUGCGGUCGCCCGUUCGACGAGGAACGAGACCGAUCGCGAGGCGAGGCCGCGACGACGGCGCGGCGCACCGCUUCCUUCGCCGCCACUCGACGGUGGCGACCGUACGGCGACGCAGCGGCGCGCUGAAAGCGAGAAGCGGCCGAUAAUACGCGCCGCGGCGGCUCCGUUCUCAGGCGCACGGUGCGGUCCACGAGAGGCGGACGCGGCGCCGUCGGCCUCUCCGUUUCCCGGCGCGGCGCAGCGCGGUGUUGCGCGCUCUCCGGUUUCUUUUAUUUUUCGUUUUAUUACCCGUUUUUCGGGACGUUCGUCGGUUGUGUGCAGUGCAUGCGUGCGCGUGUGCGUUUAAUACGGGGCAUAUGCAGUAGCGAGAAGGGUUGAGCACGACGACGCGAAGCGAGACGAGAGUGGAAUGCGACGACCGGCCACCGGCGUGCUAUGUGAUUAGUUGAAAGCGGCAGUAGCAUCGGUAUCAGCGGCGGCGGCCAAUAAUAAGUGUAGUAAGUGGUGAAGUGCGCUACGAUUCACGACACACCCUCUUGACAUCCGUCGCUCGUAUCGCCAUCGGCAGCCAUCGGCCUCUCUCUUCUUUUCUAUUUUCUCUCUCUCUCUCUCUCUCUCUCUGUCUCUGUCUCUAUCUCUAGUCUUUCCUUCUUCAUUCGCAUUCUCUCGUCAAAUUGCGCGCGCGUUCGCUCUCUCUCGGCACGGCCCGACGACGCACGAAGUAGUUUGUUAUUGCGUUAAAUUUCGUUGACGACCUUAAAGCCCAAACCUACGAUACGGUGGGAUACGUUACGGUCAGUCCCUACCCUAACCACCCCCUCCCACCGCGCCGCCAUUGGGCCAUCCCCUCGUCACUACACACGCCGCCGAGCACAGCGUCUCGCCCGGUACUCCCACACUGUAUCGGCAGCCACACGCACGCACUCUUUCUCCUUUCCUCGCGGUCUCUCAUUCUGCCGACGCUUCACCCUGGUUUCCAUCGGCCGGAGAGUGCGGACUCGCGUUCGCUGAUCGCGCGAGCGCGCUACAGCGCGCGAUUUCUCUGCUCAGUUCUGCGACCAGUGCCGCCGGUGGCGAGCGAGAAAACGCGUCGCGCGGUGGUGCAUCGACGGGCGACGUCCCCGGGAAGCGAGCGGACGGACGAGCGGAACGCCGACGCGCGGGCAGCGGUGCUGCGGGAGGGACCGGAGGGAGGAGGUGAAAGAACCGGAGCAACGGCGCGAGAGCGACCGGCGGCCGCGACGGCUGACGGUGGUUUUUAGGCUGCGCAGCGUCGCGCCGGCGUAUUAUUGUUAUUAUUGUUAUUGCCACUGCGACCGCAGCUGUAUCGUCCAUUCGACGGUGCGACGUACGGCAGUUGCCACGAAGCCGCUAACAUGUCCGUGAGAAUGGAAAACGUGGCCGCGCCGAGGAAGAUGAACUACAAAAUGAUGAAUACAAACGGGCCGAGGCCGACGUACGUGGGCGCCAACAAUGGUAACGCUGGCGGCGCCGGCGGCGGCGGUGGCGGCGGCGGUGGUGGCGGCGGCGGUGGCGGUGCUGCUAGUGCCGGGGGUGUUGGUGUGGGACCUGCUGCCGGUGCGGGUGGUGGCGGCGGUGGCGGCGGCGGCGGUGGUAGCGGCGGCCACGGAUUGAAGGGAAAUGCAGGCGGCGGACCACGCGGUGGCAAUCCAGUGCAGUAUCGUGCGAGCGGUGGCGGUGGCGGUGGCGGUGGUGCAGCCGCCUGGAGCACAGCGCCGUCGCACGCGGCCGCGGCCGCGGCCGCGGCGGCAGCGGCGUCCGGCGCGUAUCCGCCUUACACGCGAUACCCGAGCGCAACGGCGACAGCAACCGCGGUUGGCGGUGGUCCCCAACAGCUGCCCGCCACAAAUCCGUUCGUCACCGCGACAUACGCACAACACGCGACGUACGGUGGACAGCGUGUGCCUACAGCUUCAUCCCCGGCAAACACUAAUAGCAGCUCAAGCAGUGCUACCGGCAGCCAAAGCGGGACAAUGAGCACGAGUCUCAGCAAUAAUGCUAUGCAGGGUCAACAGGCGGAGCAGCUGUCGAAAACGAACCUAUAUAUUCGUGGCCUCAACCAAAACACGACUGAUAAAGACCUCGUUAAUAUGUGUUCUCAAUAUGGAACUAUCACUUCUACCAAGGCAAUUUUGGAUAAGAAUACAAAUAAAUGUAAAGGUUAUGGAUUUGUCGACUUCGAGUCACCGAUGGCGGCAGAGGGUGCUGUGAAAGCACUGGUCGCCAAGGGCAUUCAAGCGCAGAUGGCGAAAGUGGGUAUCUGGUUGCUCCGUAGACUGGACAGUAUUGAACAACAGGAACAAGACCCCACCAAUCUAUAUAUUGCCAACCUGCCAGUGAAUUUUAAAGAGAACGAUGUCGAAGCAAUGCUGGCUCAGUAUGGACAAGUUAUCUCCACCCGUAUUCUGCGCGAUACCUCCGGCCAGAGUAAAGGCGUUGGAUUCGCAAGGAUGGAGUCCAAAGAAAAAUGCGAACAGAUAAUUCAGAUCUUCAACGGGAAGGCGCUAACAGGAGCUAAGGAUCCUCUACUAGUUAAGUUCGCUGAUGGCGGCAACAAGAAGAAAUCUUUAUUCAAGGGUACAAUAUGGAGAGAAACUGGAGAAAAUAUGACUCUAAAUUAUGACACCAGCGGUGUUGGUCAGAACGGUGUUGCCGCAACUCACAUGCUUCCCGCGGCAACUUUGACACAAUACAGCCGUCAUUAUGGUCAAGCAUUGCCCGGUUAUGGUGUACCAGGCCCUCAUUGGAUGGGUACUCAUUAUCUUGUGCCCUCUGCCCCACAUAUGCAACAGGUUGACAUGAUACCGUCAGCCGAUCCUAGUAAUCCACAAUACAGUAUGAUUCCUCAGCUUACUACUCAAAUGUCCACUUUACAUUUGGGUACCGGCUCAUACAUCGCGAGCCCGCACCCGUACCCCUACACCACUUAUCCUGCACCUAGCAUCAUUCACACCAUGCCACUCGGUGAAUCGGAGCAGACGAGUAACGCAGCGUCCCCGGAUGAGUCUUAUCAGCAGUACCAGGCUCAGCAGCCUAAGUAGGCCAUGGUUUACAGUAGAUAUAACGAUCGCGUCGCAAGUUACGUAAGUUAGAAAAGGCAUGCUGAUACACAAAGACUCGCGCAUAACGGAUGAAAGCAAGAGACACCGAGCAGGCUAUGCGAAUGAACCACAGACAACAACAAGCAAAAGCGAAAAUUCUUACAUAAUAUCGAAUUAAGAUUCUUCCUUAAAAAAUUUACUUGCCAGAUUUUAUACAUUUUAUUCAUCAGAUAAAUAGGUGAAAGUAGUUGAUAUUUUCCAACGAGUAGGGAGUGAAUGUGAGAGAGUGCGUGAGAGCGAAAGGGAACGAGAAAGAGAGGGAACGGAGGAAAGCUAGCGCGAGAGCAAGGCCACGUGUCGAGUGUCCGUGCAGAUCAGCAAUGUGGUUCCGCAUCUAUAUGGCUCCGUUAAAGCUGCGUAACGACACAUGUACACUCCUAUGCACACACAUACACACACAUCUAGGAAUACACCAGACCUGGAGAUGUAAAAAAUAAUCGAGGCGAGUGUAACUCAUGUGGGGUGAAAUCGAUAAGGGGAGAAUUGUCUACUGAUCUACGCCGUACGUUCUACGAUGUCGCAAAGUAGAAUUGGAUUAAAUAUUGUGUAACAUUAUACUUACACAAAAAACAAAUAUUGUUUAUCGUCUUCUUUUUUCAGUUCUAAUUUUGUGUUAUUCCUGUUCAAUAUUCGUAUUUGUUCGAUUCCUUUGUGUUAUUUUUAUACAUAUGCUGGAAUAACGCGAUACAUAGGUGAUUUUAUGAUAAAUAUGUAUCGUAACGUUUUACUUACGUGACUUUGGAUUGUCCCAAAAUAUAUAUCAUAUUUCAUUCGAUGUGUGAAAAUUAAAGAAAAAAGUUGGCGUAGCUAAUUAACUUUUCAUUGUUAUUUGAUUUCACAUCUCUGAAAAUCUAUACUCUCUGCAAUUACUUUUUCCUCCACAAGAAAAAAGAACACACACAUAUAUACACACACACACACACACACAGCGAGGAAACUGAGUUAUCUAUGAGGAACAGUUUAGUGUCAAGCUGAUAGGCUUCCAUGAUGUAACUUUAGAUAUUACAUUUACUAAAGCGAUAGGAAAACGAUCGAAGCUAAUCCUGAGAGCUUGAGAGAAUGAGUAAGUAUUUUAACGAUUGAGAGGAAAAGAGAGAGAGUGAGAGAGAGAGAGAGAGAGAGAGAGAGUGAAAAUGAUGAUGUAAACUGUACGGAAAAACGAAGGAAGGAGAAGCAAAGAAAAUAAUGCUGCGAAGAGAACUAUACGAAAUAGAAUUCUUCCCGAGGAAACGAUAAAUAACAAUAAUGUAUGAAGAAAAGAGAGAAGGAAGGAUGUGUUACUUUUCGAACACUAGAUUAAACAUCGGGAGGAAAAGAAUUUGCAUUCAUGAUUGUAAAUCUUGGAAGAAAUGUUCGGAGAUGUUUCAAUGCGAUAAGAAACGUGCAUGGCAGCACUGUUCUUUCACGAUUUCCGAUUUCACCUCAUCCGUUUCUCAUAUCGUAGAUUGCACAAGUAUUCGCGACGUCGUAAAUGACUCGGUGCGUGGGGUCGCAUCAGUUUUCGUUGUACUUACGGCGUGUUUCGAUACUUAUAUAUCGCGCAUACGAGUAUUAGCUAAAGAGAAAUUUGUAUCUAGGUAUUUCAAGAUUUUAAAUUCUAUAUUGAUUAAUUUAUUCUCAUUAAUAUUUUUCUUUAGGAAUGUAUAUCUGUUCUAUUAGCUUAAUGUAUUGUUCCAUUUGUUAUAUAUUUUCUAAUUAAAUAUUUAUAAUUCUUGACAUGCGCAAACACCGAACUGUCCGCCGGAUAUCGGACAUAAUUUACAUGUCCCAAAUGCAACGAAAAUUAAUGUAACUUUGUACGUUAAAAUAUCCUUGCGACGCCGUGUGCACGUAAAAAACACACACAGACACUUUUCACCGCACUUUUAUCGGAGUUCACGCGUCUUCUCGGAUCUUCUUUUUAUACUUUUUUUUUCCCCCCCAGGUUUUUAAGAUUUAAAAACAUUCCAAGCUGGGUUCACGCGCGCUUCGCCAUGUAUUUCUUUUCUUUUUCAAUCAGAAUUAAAAAUAAGAUUCAUUUCUUUUAUCUGACUUUUUAUAAGUAUAAAUAUUGGCAGCAGCUGAGGUCUCGUUGCAUACUACUUUUUUUUCUUUUUUUUUUAAUGGAAAACUUUUGUUGCGAAUUAGGUAUCCCGAGACGAAUCAAGGAAAAAAAGCACACAGGUAAAUGCUUGGUUUCUAUAACGGGGAAAAAGAAAAAAAAUUCAAUGUUUAGGAUGUUUAAGACUAUAUAUAAAUUACUGUACAAAGAAUGAAAGAAAAACAAUAGUACUUUUUAGAACAUUAUAUUUACGAUGAUUAUGCAUCAGCUACGGAUCGAUAUCGAUUUUCAAUUGUAUAGUAAAUCCAGAUAUUUUUUUUAGAAUUGUGCCUUUUCAGACAGAUUUGCUAAACGAAAGAGGAAGAAAGGAACAACACGAAGAAAGAAACAAAAAAAAGGAUGAGUGAAGUAACGAAUGAAUGACUGAAUAUCUGAAUGGCUAAAUGACUGAAUGAGAAAGAAAAAGAAAGAGAGAAACAAUGAGGAAAGAAGGGAGUGGUGAAAGAAUAUGUGAAAUGUUUGUUUGUAUAUUUUAUAAUUUAGUACAGUAAUAAUGAGCAUAUUUUUACGUAUUAGUAAACAUAAACUCUAAUAAAAAUUUGAUCCUUUCGUUUAUAAAUUGUUUAUUUAUCACAACCAGAAUAAUCUCUAUGUUCUUGACGUAAAUGCAAUAGACGGCGUAUUCCUUACUCGUUAUCAGUAAUGAAAUGGAAUGUUGGCGAUAUCAUUCUGCUCAUUUUGUUCACCAAAUACUGAAUGAUUAUUGCCAGUACUAGCGAUGUGUAACGGAACAGAGCCAGAUUUUUGUAUCGUUGCGACGCGCAUGCAUUAUCGACUGUGAAUGAAAAAGAAAAAAAAAAGUAGACAUAUGAUAUGAACAAUUCAUGAUAAGGAUAAUUUAAGAGAAUGAAAGAAAAACGAGAAGAUAUAGAAUAAAUCAAAUGAAUGUCGAGGGAUUGUGAGAGCAAGAGGGAAUGAUUGACAGUGUGUUUGAGACCGAAAAAGAGAGAGACUGAAAGAGUACGAACGGUUAGGAAAGAGAAGAAAAUAUAUACAGUGUAAAUUAAUUUAUUUUAUCGAAGAAAAACGCGUGGGAAACGAGCACAUGGAAACGAGUGUUAAAGAAGGAUAGCCGGAAGGUGAAACUAACGGUGCAUUCAUUUACUCCGUACAUAUGUACACGCUCAUACACAUACAUACACACUCAUGCACACAUAACGCGCGUGCGCAUGUAGCUUAAGGGGAGAGUAAUUGAGACGGUAUUUUGUCAUUUUUUUAUGUCAAGAUUAAUAGUUGUAAAUAAAUGAAGGAACAUCAUGAGUAUCCGCCUCCUAAUCGCUCGAGAAAUUUUAUUUCGGAAGAGUGAAACUGUUUUAACAGUAUCGAAAUUCUUAAUUAUUGUAGCGAUUUUUCAGCACAAUAGGAUUGUAUUACUGAACUAAAUACAGUUUUUCAAAACUUGCGAAAUCAACUUUGCAAAAAUUUACUUGAAUUAUUUCGAUUAACUAAGACUGUCCCAUCUGGAAGUCUUGAUUGUUCUUCCUGAAAAUAUUAAUUAAGUUACACCUGCAUCAAAUAAAUUUCCCUCCUUCUUCUUUUCUGAAUAUCUUCUCUCCUUUAGCCAUUAUCAUCAUCAUCAAUCAGUACAACCACCGCUAUCAUUAUCACCAUCACCAUUCGUGCAUUCAGCGGGAUUUCGUGUUGUCUGGCUUAGGAUUGAAAGUCGUCGUAGGAUGAGUGGAAGAGCGAAAGAUAGGGAGAGAGUAUAGAAAAGCUUUUUACCAAAAAUACGCGAGAGUUAGAAGCUACUCGCGCGGUAUACAGGAAAAUGUUGAAGAUGAAGUGGCGCCGGUAGUGGGCAAAUAGUUACGUAGAAUUUUAGCGAGACAAGACAGAGAGAGAGAGAGUGAGAAAGAGAACGAGCGAAAGAAAGCGGCGAGUCGUAGUUAUUAUUAUAAUAUUACAAUAACGAUGCUGUAUUAUUAUAAUUAACGAUUUACUAUUAUUGACGUCAUCUAAACGUACGAAAGAUUUUUACACUGUUGAGACUUGAAGUAAAUAAUAUAUUUAGUUUAUUUUGGUACAUCACGAUUUGAUGACGAGAGAACGAAAGCGAGUGUGAGAAUGAGAGAGAACGCAACAGAUAAAUUGACGAAAAAAGAAAAAAAAACGAAGGAGUAGAGAAGCGAAGGACGAGCUAUUUUUUAAGAGACCGAUUUAUUACUCGAUUUGAGUCCAUGUAUUAAGCUAAAAAGUAAAACAGAGAGAGAGACUGCAUGCGUGAAAGAGAGACAAAGAGAGAAAAGGGAUUGUCGAGAGCGAAGCGAGCAAGAGAGAGAAAAACGAGCACUUAGUAAGUGCAUAUUGUGUAUUUGUUGCAAAAGGCAAAAUUGUCACUACUUGACUGACAACAAAAAAAUCCAUAUGUGAUUUUAAUAGGAAAUUUUGAGAAUUUUACUAAAUAGACUUGUAUACAAAAAAAAUAAUUAAAGUAAUUAUGUGACCGACCAAACGGAAUAAAAACAAAGCGGAAGAAAAGUGUGAAUGAAGCAGCAUUAAUAGUUGCAUCGAUCGGUUCGGCAAAAGGAGGAGAAGACGGGGUAGAGGAUGACAGACACGAUCUGUCGCGCGUCUAGCAUCCCCGGAUUAAAGACAAAUUUUACGAGAAAGAUAGAAAUGGAACGGAAGGCGGGAAGAAUGGAAAUAUAGAGAGGAUGAGAGAGAACGAAAGGAUGGGAGGGAGAGAGAGAGAGAAAUUGAGAGCGAUCGAGAGUAUAAUUAUUGUGUACAGAGAACGCGCGGAAACGCGGGUUUUCCGCGCGAGCGCGCGGCGUGUUUAGUAUAGAUAGUGUUGAACUUGAUAAAAAAAAAACACCUAGAUUUUAAGUGAAAACGCGCGAGCGAGCACUCGUUCGUGUUAGGAGAUAGAAAGGAAGAUCUUUUAUCGAUUAAGAAGCGGCUAAGUUUAUGGAUAUAGGUAGAUAGAUAAAUAGACAGAACGAUAGUUUAAUAGUUAGGAUACGAAUAUUGCCUCUCAUCCCCCGUGUCCUCUAUCCUUUCUUCUGUGUUGCCGCAGGCACAGGGGGCACGGGUAUGGGGCACCGUUCAGCCUAUGCACCUCGCACCCGUCAAGACUGACUGGCUAUUCAUAUUAAUUGAUAUAAAUAUGUGUGCGUAUAUAUACAUAUAUUCUAUGCGUAUAUAUAUACACACACAUAUAUACAUAUAUAUAUGAGCUACUUGUAUAAUUGUAUAAAUAGUAAGAAACUAUUUGCUUGCUGCGCACCGCGGGUCGGGUGCGUGGGCUGGCCGGAUGCGGGCUUCUGUAUUCGUCGAACCGAAUGCGGGAGCUCGCGAGUUCUUUUUUUUCGGCGAAGAAUCUUCCCGAUGUAUGUACGUAUAAGGGAUGAUCGGUAUCGUAUCGAGACGAGUCCCGCUCCAUACGGCGCGCGAGAACGUUCCUUGCAGCUCUGCCUCCUCGGUGCGAUCCACAUUGGAUCACAUCAUUAAAAGCGAAGAAUCGCAUAGACCUUUGUUCACGUGAUCGCUCCUUGCCUCCAACGUUGUAAAUCCGGAGUAGCUGCAACGAGGUGUGUCGGGAGCUUUAACAGGCGAAGAUUACUAAGGGAAUAAGAUUAGACGAAUAUGGAUUGUAAUUUAUACACGUAAGUUGCAUUGCGUUUUUUCGACGGUGAUAUGAAACGAUGCGUGUUAUCACGAGGACUUUGGCAUUUGUCACCCGCUUGACCGAUAUCACGCGGUGUCGCGCUUUUCAUUUCUCCGUAGCAGUUCAAGUACUACGGGAACGACUUAUGAUAAGAGGACGAAUGGAUCGAUGGUAUCUGCGCAAGGCUGUAUCAUCGAUGACGCGAUGAUGAAACGACGUGAUAACAGCGCGUCUCCGCUAUCUGAGAAGCUUUCGCCGCGGAAGCUCGCGAGCUUCCGCAGUCUAGCCGCCGGCACAGGUUUCGGGCAGGAAAAUGGUUCUUGCUGUUGCGGACAAUGCUGCUUUCCGUAAAGCUUUCUCUAGAGUUCUAGUGUAGGCACAUUUUAGACUAGACAUACCGUAGUUGAUAGGCUCAUUGUAGAAAAGAAGACGAAGCGAAGCGAAGCGGUGAAUUGAUUUUGGGAGAGAUGAAGCGAAAGAAUAUAGGAUGUUUCUAAGUAAAUAAUGUUAGUCGAGAUCGGCUUAAAAGGGCAAAAGCAAGCGCGAGAGAUAGAAAGAGAGAGUGUUUGCCUACGUUCGUGUCUUGGUGUAUAUGAGAGAGCGUGAAAAAGAGAGAGAGAGAGAGAGAGAGAGUAAAUUAGCGAUAAAGUGAGGUUCGAGGUGACUAGAUUAUAGUCUUGUACUUCGACUUGUACAGUCCUUAGUUUUCCAAGUUUUUAAGUCAUUGUUUUACACGUGUUUGUUAAGCGAUAUAGCUGUAAUUACUCGACAUCUUGGUUUCUUCCUCCAUACUUCCUGCUCCCCCGAUGUAUCUCCGCGUCUCCUUCCCUCUCUCCUUUUUUUUGCAUUUGUACUCCGCUCCCUGCGGAACUUGUAAUGUAUUUCUAAGACAGAUUGAGAGAAACGAGACGCGUACCCCGUGUACCGCUUAUUUUGCGUAGUCCUUCCCUAUGUUGACGGAAGAGAAAAAGCGCAAAAAAGGGGAGAAAAACAAAACGGGGAGACAUCGUCGGACGCUGAAGCCUCUUUUUAAAUCCGCUCGCGAGGAUCAAUUUGUAGGAUUUCGAGGAUACUUUUAAGGCCGAGAUGGAAAAGGCGUUUAGCAUGUAAUGUGAAGAAAAAAAAUUUUUUAGACGUUAAGGCAAGUUGUGUCAUAGCUAGUUAAGAGAUCUAGGGAGACUCUUAGGAAGUCGAAUAGGUGCUGUAAUAAAACAAAGUUUAACACAAAAAAAACAAGUCAGAAUUAGAUUUUUCAUGAAUAAAGAAAAAAAAAAUGAAAAAAGAACGAAAAAAACUCUAAUUAAGAGAAACGUAAAAAAAAACGUAACGCACGCGAUGACGACACAAGGGGCAUAAGCCACUAAAAAGUGCCCUUAGUUUAUUUUGGAUCGUUUAAAACAAAAAACGCUAGUCUUUGUGUGGAAGGUAAUGUGUGGAGGUUUUUAGAUAGGAUCUUCGGAGAACAAACGAAAAAGAUAAAGAAAACCGAUGAGGAAAACAACAAUGAGAUGAGAGUGUGCGAGCGAUAGGAGAGUGUGCGCAUGUGUGUGCGUAGGGGUGUAUGCCUAAACUUCAAGGGAUUGAUACCUACUCGGAAAAUAACCGUCUGCUUAUUGCAUGCAAGGUGUAGCGGACGCGCGCGCGCACGCGUGAUAUGCCCACACACACAUAUACACAUACACUUGUACAGACGGAAGAAGAGACGGAAAAGCGCACGCUCCCUCCGCUGCUCCUGUAUUAUUGCCGCAUACAUCUUACGUCUCUAUUAUAGAGGCGUACACUUGAGAAUCGGUGGUCUUUUUAGAGUUACUUACGAAGUAAUGAAGAAAACGGUUUGGUAAAUAAUUAAAUACUUCGCGAUGCGGGGACGCGAAUUCCCGACUACGUCACAAUUAUCGUCCCUUAUUUUUGAUCAAUAAACGAUCUGUUUUGG